CAACGAAACUGGUGUAACAUAAUCCCUGUGACUAUAGGGAAAACAUUGACCUCUUUAUCUGGGAGGCUGAAAGGAAUAUGAGGAAAUGAUUCUGUCUUACAAAGUGUCCAAAAUUCCUGCCGCCGUGAAGACAAAAGCUGGUCAAUUUCUGAAGGAAUUAGCGAGUUUGUGAGGACAAUAUAUUCUUCCUGAUACCACAUUGUGUCUCGACUCCUCUCCAGGAUAGAAUGUGGACUUACUUCAAAGGCACACUGGACAUAGCCAACUGUUUCCAGCUCGCUUCCAGACCACAUUAAAAGCUUGAUUCAGGGCUCUACUCCGGAAGGCAUCAUCUCUGCUGCUCCCACUGCUUUCACUCUAUGCUGCAGUAUUUUCACUUACUGGAACUGCAAGGGGGGCUUUUCCUUUUAAAAGGAUUUGACGUUCAUCUCAAUUAUGUUUGGGAAGAAGAAGAAGCGGGUGGAGAUCUCGGCACCUGCAAAUUUCGAGCACCGUGUUCACACCGGCUUCGAUCAGCAGGAGCAGAAAUUUACUGGGCUUCCAAGGCAAUGGGAGAGCCUUCUCGAGGACACCGCUAAACGGCCUAAGCCGCUGGUCGACCCAUCGUAUAUCACACCCAUUCAGCUCGCUCCGCGGAAGGCCAUUGUCCGAGGAAGCAAAAUAGGAAUUGACGGCUCUCUAAACUGGCUUCUGGAUGAAUUUGAGAAUGUUUCUGUGACUCGUUCCAACUCCCUGCGGCGAGGGAGCCCGCCCUCUCUACCCCGCCAAGACCCUAUGCAGGAUGGAAUGCACAAGAAUGGAAUGCAUGAGCCCCACUCCAAGAGCACCUACCCAGCUGAGCUGGACAGACACCAUGACCACAAGGGGAGAAGCGAGAGGGCCAAGCCAGAAUCCAGGGACGAGAGGGACCAGGGCAGGGACGACAGGCAAAGGAACCGGAAUGCUGAGCGGGAAGAUGGCAGGGCUCACCCACAACAGCCAAGGGGACAGGAGCCGAGCAGGACUGGGGGAAACCGGCCCAAUCAUCAAAACAGCAGGGAGCCCCGCCCCGAUCACCAUAGGCACUCUGACAGCAAGACCAAAUCACACGACAAGCCAGAUGGCAGGAGAGACCAUCCAAGCGAUCGGGAAGGAAAUCAUGUUGGUUUCAGUGAGCCUGCAAAUUCACAGGAACGCAUAUCGCGGCGAGAGAGAAAUGAAAGUUCUGACAAGAGGCCAAAAUCUACGUACACAGGCGAGACCAGCCCACAGUCCCCAAGGGACAAGCGACCACUUUCUGGCCCAAAUAUCCGUCCUCCAAAUUCUCCUGGUACAGAUGGAGCAAUGAAGACCACGCACCAGACUGGGAGACCCUUCAACACUUACCCAAUGGCCGAGACGGGGGCAAACAGAGGAACCAGCAAUCAGGUUGACCAUCGAGCGGGGAUACCUCAUGAGGUCCGGCACAAUGGACCCAACGUGCCUAAAAAUAACAUGGGUAAAGCACAGCAGGGUCACCAUAGACCAGGCCAUCCUGAGCCAGCACACCAGGGCUUGGUCCCUCAUGCCUCUGAUACACACUUGUCACGUAUGGCACAGCCAAACUCUCAGGCUCCGUACCCAGCACAGCCCCAAGGACUGGAGUCGCGGUCACCCCAGCGUGAGCCGCAGCGAGUGUCACACCAGCAGUUCAGAGCUGCUCUCCAGAUGGUGGUGGACCCUGGCGACCCAAGAUCAUACCUGGACAAUUUUAUUAAAAUUGGCGAAGGUUCGACGGGCAUUGUCUGCAUCGCCACUGUGAAGAGCACAGGAAAGCUGGUUGCUGUGAAGAAAAUGGACUUGCGGAAACAGCAGAGGCGAGAACUGCUCUUCAAUGAGGUUGUAAUAAUGCGAGACUACCAUCAUGAAAAUGUGGUGGAAAUGUAUAAUAGUUACCUGGUAGAUGAUGAGCUGUGGGUGGUGAUGGAAUUCCUGGAAGGAGGGGCGUUAACUGACAUCGUAACGCAUACCAGGAUGAACGAGGAGCAGAUAGCAACCGUCUGCCUGUCUGUUCUGAAGGGGCUUGCUGUCCUGCACGCACAAGGGGUGAUCCACAGAGACAUCAAGAGCGACUCCAUUCUCUUAACACACGAUGGAAGGGUGAAGCUUUCAGACUUUGGCUUCUGUGCUCAGGUAUCAAAAGAUGUACCAAGACGCAAAUCACUGGUAGGCACUCCCUACUGGAUGGCACCAGAGUUGAUCUCUCGGUUGCCAUAUGGACCAGAGGUGGAUAUCUGGUCUCUUGGUAUCAUGGUAAUAGAGAUGGUUGAUGGGGAGCCUCCAUAUUUCAAUGAACCUCCACUUAAGGCCAUGAAAAUGAUUCGGGACAAUCUUCCCCCCAAAUUAAAGAAUGGUCAAAAGGUUUCUCCCUUACUAAAAGGCUUCCUGGACCGGCUGUUGGUACGGGACCCCUCCCAGAGGGCGAUGGCAUCAGAAUUACUGAAACAUCCCUUUCUGAGCAAGGCUGGGCUUCCGUCCUGCAUUGUACUACUGAUGAGAGGGAAUCGGAUAAAGUGAGCGGACAGUCUGCAUGUUGCUGGAUGCAGCAGAGGGAGAGAAAAGAAUCUGUGAUUUAAAACUUUGAAGCGUAUAUCUCAUAAAUAAAUCAUUUGCCAUUUACGUGAACAGGGGUAUUUCCUGUCCAAUUAGUGGGCCUGAGAGAUAUGUCUUUCUACUGGUGGUGCAUUGUUGCCUUUGUGACCACCUGUUUCAACUGGACCUUCUGACUCAGAACUUUGACACUACUGUUUCCAAGGGGGAAGAACCACAAAGGAAUAUAAAUACUACUGAACAGCAAGACUUUUUAUUUUGAUUUGUAAAAUGUAACUUAAAAAGACUGCUAAAGAGGUGAUUAAUGUAGUUUAUACACAGAACAACUAAGUGGAUUUACACUGGAAUUGACUACUUACUUCCUCCAGAUCAUGAUUUGAUUUUCUAAACACUGUUAGAUGUAGUGGCUAUACCAGUAUGGAGCAUGCAUCCGGGAUUGUGGGGGGGGAGGGGUGGGUGCUACCUGUGAAAUGAUCUUCUGACCUUCAACUUGGCAAAGAAUGCUGGGAUAUUGGCAGGCCAAGAGCGAUGAGGCACACGCUCAGUGCCUUUUCUGAACCAUUUUGGACUUUGGAAACUAGUCAUGCAUGUUUGUUUUACAGUAGGUCAGUCUAAUGAAAAAAAUUGGGGAUGUGUGCACAGUCUUGGCUAGGGGUUCUGCAGAGAGAAGGACUGGCAUGAAGCUCCAGUGAAUCCAUUCCCUGCUUUACUCGUUGCCACUGCUGACAUUGCAGGCACCAGCACCCUGAGAUCACAUCAGGCAUGAUAGAUGUGGCCGAUAGAAUGCACGUGAUAGUGGGAACUGUAUGUUAUGAAGCAUUAUGCAUCCUAGUUUAGUAAAGCAGGACACUAACUGUAAACACCAUGAAGUUGGGCAGGCAAGGUGACACCUAUCAGUGCUGGUACCAAUGUAACAUGAAGUGUUAUAUUGACCAGGGACUGAUCCACAUUGUGAAAGUUUGUAUUUCACCUACGUGAAUAUUGCGAUGCUGGAAUUUCCUGGCUCUUAGUUUAGAUAAUUUGUUUCUUUGACGUUGUUUCAUCUUGAACAAAAACACUACAAGAUUUCCUCAAUAAUCUUGCCAACUGUAAGGAGUUACUGAUGCACUUUUCGUAUGCAGGUCAGAAGAAUUAGCUGAGGGAAUCUAUUUCCGUUUAGCAUGGUUUACUUUGCACACUAAUACAUUUUUAGCAAUGAAGGGUGUGACUUCAUUGUACAUUCAGAGUGUGGUAGCGGCACUGUGUAAAUUGGGAGGCUUGUUUAUCAAGGAAUCCCUGUUAGCUCCUAAUAUUCUGAUACCACAGUUACAUGGUAGAAAUGAUUUUCUUCUUCCAGCUGUGAUUGCUGUUAAGCAUUGCUGUUAAUUAGGUUGCAAGAUGAGUACAGGGUUGAUAUGGACGGGGGCUUUUUUAACAUCAGUCUCCCACAUGAGAUGCUUUAUGUCCCUCUAAGAGUGCUCUUUAUAUUUGGCCUGAUCGCUGGUGAAAUGCUGAACAGUCCUUGGUGGGUGUGACUCUCCUGAGAUCAUUCUCCUCUAAUUGUUAGCUUUCAGUACAAGUGGGCUAGAAUUCAGAUUUUGGUGCUGACCACAGUUCUUAGCGUUAGGUUUAGGAGAAGCCAGACUGAUUCCACACAUGAUCUGUUCCAACAAGGGCUGGUCCUGUCUUUUCCCAGCUUUGGAGAUUUGCUUUGAUCCAACUGGCUACUGCAAAUUUGAAAAAAGGACAAGAGACUAGUGCAUGAACAGUUGGUUUGAUAAUUUGGUAGAUUCAUCCAUGUCCUUGUAGAAGUGGCAGCUGAAAUUGGAAGGUUCCCCUAAAUUCAAUAUCCCAACAGCUCAUUGCAGAAGUGUCUUUGAGAAGUUGUGUUUGAACCAGUGUCUGGCAUGCAGCUUCAUUAUCAGUAUGGAUGGAUGGAGAGUGACUACUGAAUGGCUUUGCCUGGUUUUGUUUAAGGAUAUUUAUAUUGUAAUUUUUUGUAACACAAUACAGUAUUUUUUUUUUGAGAAUGCAGCAACUUAUUUUCUUGAGUAGCUACUUUACAAUGAGAUUUACUGUUUAAAAAGUGUUUUUCAAUUGUGCCAAGAGGGUGAACUUAUAAGGUUUUUAAAUUUUCUAAUUACAGAUUAGAAAACUGUUUUACAUGGAGUUUUCUGUCUCUGUUGUAUUCCAUGCUGUGUGUUUAAUUUAUGUGUCUGUGCCAUGUGUGUAUGUGUGUAGAUUUUUUUGUGCAGCACUGAAUUGUCAGUGUGCCAGAAUGGGAAAACACUGCUGAAGUUUG